AUGAUAUAUAAAUAUAAAUUAAAAUCAUUAUAUUUUAUUUUUAUUGUAAUUAUAAUUACACUUUUAAUGAAAUGUGAUGAACUUUGUCAAGAUGCAGAUAUUAUUUUAAAUAAUUUUUGGGAUAAAAUAAAUAAUAUUAAGCAUGGAAAUGUGUUAAUAAUAAAUAUAAAAAAUUUUUAUUGUCCAGCUUGUAAUCGUUAUUUAAAUAUAUGGAAAAAAGUAGAAAAUGAAAUUUUAAAUUUUGAAAAAAAUGCUUCAUUAUUUGUUUUUGAUUGUUCAUGUCAUUUAUUUAGUUCAUAUUGUAGACAUUUUGAUGUUGAAUAUUAUCCUACAUUUAGAUUAUUAUUCCCUGUAUAUGAUAAAAUGGAAGGAAAUGAAUAUAUUUAUAUUGCACCAUCUGAUUAUAUUGGAAAUAAAACAUAUAAAGGAAAUUUAUUAUUAGCAUAUAGAGAAAUUCAAAGAAUUAAAGGUAUUGAUGGAUUUCAAAAGUUAAUGCAUAAAUAUUUGUGUAAUAAUGUUAAUUUCAAUCAUAUUAAUUUGAAAUCUUGCAUAUCGGAUUUACCUCAUAUUAAUAAAAGAACGUUAGAUAAUAUUAUUGUAGAAGGAAUUAUCAAUGAAAGUAACAGUUUAUAUGAAGAUGAAAAAGCAAAUAAGUGGAAUAUAAGUUACAAUAAAGAAGAUAUAAAACAUGAUAUAAUAAUUGGAUUACUAUAUACAUUAAAACAAAAUAUUUCCAUGGGUAAUGAUAUUAAUUAUUCUUCAUUAGAAUCAUAUAUAGAUAUAUUGAAUAUAGUAUCAUAUAUAUAUAAAGAUUUAGCAAAUUCUAUUAAUGAAAUAUCUGAAACAUUAAGAACUUAUAAGUAUCCUAUUAGAUAUGAAGAAUGGAUAAAAUUAAUACAAAACAUAAAUAUUAAUGAAUAUCAUCUAGAUGAAAAAAAUAAUUUGCAUUUUAAGGUUUGUAAUGAAAACUCUUUACUUUGUACUUUUUGGUUACUUUUUCAUAAAAUUUCAAUAUACUGUUUGCAAUAUGAUAAAGAAAGAUAUAAUUUUUAUUUGGAAAAAAUAACAAAUUAUACAAAAAAUUAUUUAAAUUGUAAAAACUGUACUGAACAUUUUUUAAAUGCACAAAAAUCAUGUUAUUAUGGGUUUUGUAAUAUUCAUUCAGCAGAAUCUUUUGUUAUUUUUUUGUGGAGAAUCCAUAAUGGAGUUACCUUAAGAUCUAUGUAUGAACAUAUCAUUUUAGAUUUAGAACUAGGUACUGAUAACUCGAAUAACAAAAAAUUUCUUAAUAAAGAUAUUGUAUUUCCUUCAAAAUACCAAUGUGAAAAUUGUAGAAGUGGAGUUGGUUUUACAAAAAUUACAGCAGAUGUUAUAAAAAAAUUAGAAAAAGGAACUUAUAAUGAUCAACAUUUUGAUGCAAUUGAUGCUUUCAAUAUUAGGAAUAUUCUUAUAUUCUUAAUUAAUUUUUAUUCGUAA